CAAAAACUUUUGUUUCAUGAAAUUUAUUCUUAACUAAGAAGUCAACGGUUCGGUCGGUCAGCACUUUUCGCACAAUUGGCACUCAGUUUUACACUUAUUUUAUCGCAAAUCACAUCUCAUUUUGAUUUUUUGUUUCUAAAAUUUAUUUUUUUUGUUUUGCUUUAAAGUUCUUCUAAUUCAAGAAGUUUUACACAAAAGUCAUUUGAGUGCAAGAUUUUUGCCAAUAUUCUUGAAUAUUAUAAAUUUUAAAUUAAUAUUUCAUAAAAUGGUUGUAUUCAACACUCCAUUGCCAUGUAUGCCUUCACCACCGCUCACAUUAUGGACGACUAGUCUUCCAGGAUCUCCCUGUCCUCUGAUAUCUCCGAUGCCAUCGGUGUCUCCACUAUCUUCAAGUCACUGCAGCUCUUUAGCGCCAUCGCCCACCACAACACUGCCCAUCGCCAGUCCACUCUCAUUAUCUGCCUUUAAUUACGGCACAAGUGUUGUCAUAAGACCCACCACUUGGAACCAAUCCUAUGGUAUGGAACAGAAAUGUGGACAUGGAUGGACUUCCAUGAAAGGGAGAGUUGUAUUUUGGUUUGACUUAUUGUCGCCCUAUUAUUCCAAUGGUUUCGUUGCAUUCAAACUUUAUGGCCAACAGUGCGAUAGGUGUAAGACUGAUGGCUAUGAACAGGCCAUGUGGUAUCCCGAAGAAGUGUGCAAAGUGCUGACCAACCUAUACAACAAAGUCGGGCAAUUGUUUUACGGCUUCUAUCAGCCGCCCAUUGAAAAGACUCGUCGAUCGGGUAAACCGCGAACCCCUCAUAACAGCGACUUAUGUCAGGCCUGUAAGGAUGGUCUCUGUGCUGAUCGCAAAUGACAUACAUAUCGGUAGUCCUUUAUGUCUCAUCACUUUCGCUGUAUGUCUGCAAUUAAUUUCUUUAUGACUGAGUUAUAUGUCUGUAAAACCUAAACAUUUUCACUCAAAUCAC